AUGGCAGCCCCAUCGACGAGCAGAUCCGAUGCGGUCGACGCUUACAAUAAGGCCAUCACAGCGCUGCGCACGAAAUCCUCACCCGACACGCUAUCAACCAUCCCUUCCCUCAAUGAUGACCCCGAUACAGUCGAUACACUCAUUCAUGACUUCCUCACUCCAAGCGUCAAGCUCCCUGCCUCGGAGCUGGCACGCUCCCAAGUCCACUGGCAGCGCGAGCCCAAGCUCGAACACAUGCUUUGGGCCGAGCCCAGCACCUCACUCCACUCGCUCGAGUUCGUCCGCGCCGGCCUUGAAGGUCGGAUUGUCUCGUAUCGCGAGGUGUCGCAUACUGCUGCGCCGCUGCUGGACUCCAAAUCAUCGGCUUCGAUGGCGAGGAAGCCGGCCACCUCAAGCAACUUUGUGAGGGGCAAGUCUGCAUACGUCCCGUUCGCACCCGGCGGAUUGGAGAAUGAGGUCAUGAAGGAUGCAGAUGGUACCGAAGGGGACGAUGAGGACCUGUCGGAGACAAUACGAUCGCAAGUCGCCGAUAUGGAGGAGACGUUGAGCUCCGGGAGAGGUCUGCGCUCGAAAGCGCCCGGGCUGAGCAGAGGUUUCAUCGAUCCCAGCGAGGAGGUGCUUGACGACGACGAGGAUGCCGAAGGUGCCUCGAUCAAUCUCAGGGACGCAUCACAAGCCAUUGACGUGGGUCAAGGUAUGGCGCCGAUCCCUGUCUACCGACCCAUCGAACAGGAUCGCGCUUCUGCUGUUCGCAGCUCCAAGACCAACGGCGACGUCCCCAAUCACUCCUCUCUCAGCGCUCACGACGCCGAGCUGGACGAGCUGCUACCCGUCGAGCGACCUCAGCCCCUCGCGCGCGCCCGCCGCACCGCCAAGAUUGAAGCGAAGCGCGACUGGGCGCACGUCAUCGACGUCAAUCAAAAGCUCUCCAACUUCCACGAGCUCGUUCCUCAGAUGGCGCAUUCCUUCCCAUUCGAGCUCGACACAUUCCAAAAGGAAGCCGUCUACCACCUCGAACAAGGCGACUCCGUCUUCGUCGCCGCACACACCUCCGCCGGUAAAACCGUUGUCGCCGAAUACGCCAUCGCCCUCGCACAAAAACACAUGACGCGCUGCAUCUACACGUCCCCCAUCAAAGCCCUUUCCAACCAAAAGUACCGCGACUUCAAGCAGACCUUUGGCGCGGCCAACGUCGGGAUCCUCACCGGCGAUGUGCAGAUCAACCCCGAAGCCCCCUGUCUCAUCAUGACGACCGAGAUUCUGCGCUCGAUGCUCUAUCGCGGCGCGGACCUGAUCCGUGAUGUCGAAUUCGUCAUCUUCGACGAGGUCCACUACGUCAAUGAUCAGGAGCGCGGCGUUGUCUGGGAAGAAGUCAUCAUCCUGUGUCCGCAGCAUAUCAAUCUCAUUCUGCUCUCGGCGACGGUGCCCAACACCAAGGAAUUUGCAGAUUGGGUCGGGCGCACGAAGAAGAAAGACAUCUACGUCAUCAGCACGCCGAAGCGUCCUGUUCCGCUCGAGCAUUUCCUGUACGCUGGAAAGGAGAUGUUCAAGAUCGUCGAUGCGCGCGCGCAGUUCUUGGGCAACGGGAUCAAGGAGGCUGGCGAAGCGCUGCGACGCAAGCAGGAUAAGGAGCGCGAAGCCAAUGCUGUCGCUACGGGCACUGCCGCUCGUGGUGGCCGCGGCGGAGGUGCUGCCGGAUCCAACUCUCGGGGUCGCGGCAUGGUCCCCGCCCGUGGCGCUCGUGGGGGUCGUGGCGGUGCAGCUGGUCGUGGCGCCGCCGUGAUGGGCGGUGGCACCGUCCGCACCGGUCUCGACAAGAACCUCUGGAUUCACCUCGUCGGUCAUCUUCGCGCACACAACCUCCUCCCCUGCGUCGUCUUCGUCUUUUCCAAAAAACGAUGCGAAGAGUACGCAACUAGCAUGCCCAACACCGACCUCAACAGCGCCGCUGCCAAGUCCGAGGUGCACAUUCUCAUCGAGAAGUCCCUGACGCGUCUCAAGGGCAGCGACAAGGAUCUACCGCAGAUCAAGCGGAUGCGGGACCUACUCGGCCGCGGUAUCGGCGUGCAUCACGGUGGCCUCCUUCCGAUCGUAAAAGAGAUCGUCGAACUCCUCUUCCAGCGUGGUCUCGUCAAAGUCCUGUUCGCUACUGAAACUUUCGCUAUGGGCGUCAACAUGCCUGCUCGCAGUGUCGUAUUUUCUUCGAUACGCAAGCACGACGGGCACGGAUUCCGAGAGCUCCUGCCGGGCGAAUACACCCAGAUGUCCGGUCGAGCAGGUCGUCGUGGCCUCGACCCAACCGGAGUCGUCAUCAUCAACGCCGCCGACCAGCUCCCCGAAACAGCGGUAUUGCACAAAAUGCUCCUCGGCCAACCCACCAAGCUCUCGUCCCAGUUCCGAUUGACGUACAAUAUGAUCCUCAACCUCCUCCGCGUCGAAGCGUUGAAGGUGGAGGAGAUGAUCAAGCGCAGCUUUUCCGAGAAUGCAGCGCAGAAGAUGCUCCCGGAUCAACAGAGGAAGGCGCAGGAGCUGGAGAGGAAGUUAGCUAAAGCACCCCGCCCGAGCCCGCCGGAGAGGGACGAGCAGCUGGCGACGCUGUACGACCUGUGCGCGGCGGUGGUGAGCAGCAACCAGUCGGUGUUUGAGCUGGCGUUGUCGCAUCCGCAGGGGGCCAAGGUGUUCGGUUCCGGCAGAGUGGUGUUGCUGCGGGAUGGACAUUUUGACUUUGACGUUGGCGUCAUGGUUCGUCAGGUGGGCGCGGCGGAGUUUCUGGUUCUCGCGGCAGUUACAACGGAACGGAAGAGAGGCGAUCUCGACCGUGCCGAUCCCGACGGUGCGGGUGUGCCACCUCUCUGGCCACCCCAGGUACAGCCAGUGGAAGCGGAACUGGUGUACGACCUUCGCGAAGUACCCCUCUCGAGCAUCGCCCUCAUCACGGACCAAACGAUCAAACUCGACAUCCCCCUGAUCACGGCGCAUCGAAUCAGCGCCAUGAAUCGCGCCCUGUCGCUCCUCGUCCCUCUGCGCGACACCUUCCUCACCUCUCCCGCUCGCGAGGUCGACUGGAAGCUCCGCAGAUUGGAUUUCCAAGAAGCUCUCCGUUCGCGCGAUUCCUACGCCCUCAAAGCCUCGCAACACACCUCCCUCCUCACCACCGCCUCCUUCUCAUCCGAUUACGCCCUGGUUUGCUCCUACAAAUCGAUCACCCGAUCCUUGGAGGCGACAAUCCGUCUGUCGAGCGAUGAAAACCUCGAACUGCUGCCGGACUACCAUCAGCGCGUAUCCGUUCUGAAAACGCUCCGGUACAUCGAUCCGCUGACCGAAUCGGUGCUGCUCAAAGGACGCGUCGCGUGCGAGGUGAACAGUGCCAACGAGCUGGUGCUGACCGAGCUGAUUUUGGAAAACAUCCUCACCGACUAUGCGCCCGAGGAACUCGUGGCGCUUCUGUCGAUCUUCCUGGCGCAGGAGAAGACGGAGGAUAUCCCGGAAUUGACCGGUGCGCUCGCGGAGGGGUACGCAAAGAUCGUCGGUAUCGCAGAAAGAGUCUCGGCGGUUCAAUUGGCGAAUAGCUUGGCGAGCGAAGACUUUGCCUUGCCCCAAAAGACGGCGUUGGUCAACGUGGUGUACGAAUGGGCGAAAGGAACGGAUUUCCAAACCAUCGCCGGGAUGACCGAUAUUCAAGAGGGUAGCAUCGUCAGGGUCAUCACCCGACUCGAUGAGACGUGUCGUGAGAUUCGCGACGCCGCAAGGGUCAUCGGCGACCGCGAUCUGGGUGACAAGAUUCAGGUCUGCCAGAGUCUCAUCAGGAGGGACAUCGUCUUUGCUGCCAGUCUGUACUUUUAG